GCUGUCAAUAUGGCGGCUCACUGAGUUUUUCAGGAAGAGACUAUGAGUACCUAAACAUUGUCUUGCAAUCUUUUUAAAAUACCAGCCUCUAAAUGAGCAAAAGGAUAACGCACAACAAACAGAAAAUGUCAAACGACGGAGGCAAAAAGCAAUUCUGGAAGAGGAACGUCUCGAAGGUCCCCGGGAGCAUUCAGCAUGUGUAUGGAGCACAACAUCCACCUUUUGACCCCCUUCUCCAUGCAAAUUUAAUGAAAACCGGCAACGUGUCACAUACAACACCAGUGAAACCAAAGAAAGCAACAACCUUUCAGGAGUUUGAAAGCAUUACGAGUGAUGCAUGGGAUGUUGGAGAAGAUGACGACGAACUUUUAGCAAGGGCUGCCGAGAACUUAAAUAUAGAAGUUGUUAUGGAAACAGCCAAUAAAGUAAUUGAAAACCACAGCAAGUUGCAGGAACAAAAACAGCAAGAAGAGUAUUUUGAAAAAGAGGAGGAGGAGGAGGAGGAGGGGGAGAAGGAUAAGGACAAAGAAGAAGUAGAAGUAGAAGUAACACAGACUGCUUCAAGUUCUUACAGUGAAAACAGAAUGGUGAAGUCUUUCAGUGAGGCACACAUUGCAACAUCAAAAGAAGGUGUAGGUGAAAGAGCAACACUCCAAAGGCAACAGUCUCUCCCACAUCGGCCGGUAAUACCUUUAGUAGCAAGAAUGGCUGAUCAGAACACAUCAGGUUCUCCGGUAAUGACAGAAAGAGAAGCCUCCCGCUUAGACAAAUUUAAACAGCUGCUGGCAGGCCCCAACACUGACCUCGAAGUGUUGCGGAAAUUAAGCUGGUCUGGGAUUCCAAGACAAGUUCGGCCAAUAACAUGGAAACUUCUUUCUGGUUAUCUUCCUGCAAAUGUGGAACGAAGAGAAAGCACUCUGCAGAGAAAACGACAAGAAUAUUUUGGUUUCAUUGAACAAUACUAUGAAUCUAGAAAUGAAGAACACCAUCAGGAUACAUACAGACAGAUUCACAUUGACAUUCCAAGAACGAAUCCUCUUAUUCCGCUCUUUCAACAAGCUUCUGUGCAAGAGAUCUUUGAACGUAUUCUCUUCAUAUGGGCAAUACGGCAUCCAGCCAGCGGAUAUGUGCAAGGCAUAAACGACCUAGUUACUCCUUUCUUUGUUGUCUAUGUUUUUGAAUAUAUCGAGGAAGAGGUGGAAAAUUUUGAUGUUUCCAGUCUGCCUGAAGAAGUGCUGCGGAACAUUGAAGCUGACAGUUUCUGGUGCAUGAGCAAGUUGCUUGAUGGCAUUCAGGACAACUACACCUUCGCCCAGCCUGGAAUUCAGAGGAAAGUGAAAGCUUUGGAAGAACUUGUUAGUCGGAUCGAUGAACACGUCCACAGGUAUAUACAACAGUAUGAGGUGGAGUACCUGCAGUUUGCCUUCCGCUGGAUGAAUAAUCUGUUGAUGAGAGAACUUCCUUUGAGGUGCACCAUUAGGCUUUGGGACACGUAUCAGGCUGAGCCAGAGGGGUUUUCACACUUCCACUUGUAUGUGUGUGCUGCCUUCCUCGUCAGGUGGAGGAAAGAAAUUUUAGAGGAAAAAGAUUUUCAAGGGCUCAUGAUGCUGUUGCAGAAUUUACCAACAAUGCACUGGGGAAAUGAAGAAAUCAGUGUUCUCUUAGCAGAAGCCUAUAGAUUAAAAUAUGCAUUUGCAGAUGCACCAAAUCAUUAUAAGAAAUGAGGCUUAUUUUAAAUUGUUGGAAGAAUUACUGAAUUAAAAGCUUAUAUUUUCAAUUGCUCUAGUUUAACCCAACUUCACAGUUAUAACAAUAUUACAGUAUGCUUAUUGGAUAGUUCAUAAUAUAAUGAUAUGGUUUUCUUUGUUACUACAAAUGUGCGCCCUCCAAUAUCAUAUCCUCCCUAUUCAUCUAGACUUAUCCUGCUUAUAAACAGGUAGUUUAAUGUAAAAAGAGGUGACUUAAAAAAACUACACAAUUGAAGAUGUAACAUGGUUGAAUAUCCUGUCCCUAUAUAUAAAAAUUGUUUGUUGGAAAACAAUCUUCUUGCUAUUUAUAAGUCAUUUCGAUGUAUUAUAUGCCAGGGAGAAGUGCAUUGCCAUUCAAAACCCAUCUCAUGCUUACUUAACAAGAUUUGCUGUUCUGCUAUGGGUUGAAGUAGUGCACUGUUCCCAAUCCUUACAACCAAUGUAUACCACAUGCUAAGUGCUGAAUAAGUGGGAACACCACACGUAUUACUCCAGGCUUUCAAGAGAACUGCACGAUAUGUUUCAAGAAAUGUCCAGUCUAAGAUCAGUCACGUUUGCGGCUGCUGCUAUUUCACCUUUAUUAACGGAUAUUCUUUCAUCACAUACUAUAUGCGUUGGUACCUGUGAAAGCAGUGUAUGCUCAGUGGGCAAUAAUCGAAUCUUCCGCACUCACUUCAUCAGUUUUCAUUCUCUACAAAACCAGUAAAGGAUCUUUGUAACACUUUAUAACAAAGGACUACCUCAGGAGAUGUCAGGUUUAUUUGCACAGCAUUCUGCUGAAUGUAAUCCUCAUGGUGGAAGAUCUCAUGAACCUGCAGAUGACAAAUAGAAAUAAAGUAGCAAUGUUAACUUCACACAUCAUUGUGUUUAACUUGUGAUGAAUUCUUAAAUAUGCCUUAAACAUGGCUGUAUAAUUUCAGUUAGUGAAGGAUUAUCAGACGGAAAUCAUUAAAAAAAAAAAAAAACAACUGUUUGUUAUACAGUAAAUGGUACAAUGUAUGCAUAGAUAUUCUCUUAGUUAGAAAUUAUAUUUAUAUAUUUUUUUUGAAAACUGGUGUUCUAUAAGCAAGUUUAAAACAUUAUAGAUGCAUGAACCAACUGAUUGUUUAGUUCUAAAAUGUGUGUGUGUGUGUAUUGGGGCAUCUAGCUUUCAAAACAGUAAUGUCUGUAUUGUUUGAAAUGUAAUGCUUUCUAUACUUUUGAUGUGCCAUUUGUAGACCAUUGUUGUGUGCCAGUGUUUAAAACCCAUUUGCUAUUCCCCAUGAAUAGAAAUUGCACUUCAUAAAGCUUUCAUCCCUUCAUCCAUCUAUUUUUUUUAUAAACAAAAGACUAUAGUUUAAAAGGUUUAUUUUUUUUUAAUAUAACUAUUUACAAUGAUCUAAUUAUGUUGUGCCUAAGAAUUAAUAUACCAUCAACAUAAUAUUUAUUUUGACUUACUAUCAUUUUUUUAAGAUCUCUGCACAUUCAAACUUAAAGGUAGAUUUUAUUUGAUGAACUAUCUGUGUACUUUUCAAUAAGUCUGCAAUAAUAAACUGUACCAACAGAAA